ACAAAGUAACGAAUCUGUAUGAGUCUAUAUCCUUCUUGGACUUCAAAGUAGUGAGAGAGAGUAAAAAGCAGAGAGAGAAAGAGGGACAAAAAAGACGGAAAAAAAGAAAACCAGCUUUGAUCCAACACUCCCUCCACUACCAAACAACCAAAAGACAAAGAAAGAAAGAAAGCUGCUUCCUUUCCCCUUUCAUUCCCUUCCAAAACAGCCAAACCCAAAAACCCUCUGUCUCUGUCCCUUUCUCUUUAACUACUAGAUCCGUUCCUUUGCAAAAGGGCUUUGUGUUUCUGGCGAGAAAUUGGUUGUGGGGUCCAUGAAGAUCUCUGGGUUGUCGUUGGUUUCCACUCCAGUGGCGUUUCUUCGAUGAUCAAAUUGUUUCUUUGUGGUAUAUGUUGGUUUUUGCAACUGGGUUUUUGCUAGACGGUUUGAAGCUUUAGUGGGUUCUGCGAUACGAUGCAAUCGGAUGGGUCGGAAACAUUGAGCCCAACAACCCUACGGCUGCAGUCCUUGUCCGCCGCCGACACCAGAGGGAAGCACAGGAUACAUGCCGAGUUGAAGCGGCUCGAGCAAGAAACUAGAUUCUUAGAGGAAGAACUGGAGCAACUUGAAAAGAUGGAUAAGGCAUCAUCUGCAUGCAAGGAAAUACUAAACAGUGCGGAAACAAGGCCUGAUCCAUUACUCCCAAUAACACACGGCCCUCUUAAUCCGUUCUGGGAUCGAUGGUUCGAAGGCCCCCAAGACUCAAAAGGUUGCAGAUGCUGGAUAUUGUGAUUAUUGUUGCCGAGUUCCAGGCUUCCAUCGUCGUUUGUUCACACAGGCUUCAAUUAGGACAUUCAAAGAUUUUGUUAUUACUGUUACCCGCAAAUGUUCCACAAAACGUUUCAUUGUGCAGAUGACAAUUUAUGGCAAUGCGAAAUUUGGGAGUGUCUUUAAUUUAAGGCAAAUUUGCAUAA